GCAUUGUGGAGCAUCCCAGUUCCCAGAGGCAUAGGCUUUUCCCGCUAUCACCUGGCGCUAUUGCUGUUAUUCGGAAGUUCGUGGCUGUUCUAAACACGGAUUAUCUCCACUUCCAACGCGCACUAUAUUUGCUGGUAGAGGACUGGCUUGAGAAUAAAGUAGGUACAGGAUCACCUACGGAUCCAACUGAGGCGGCCCUUAUAAGAGAAGUCAAUAAACUAUCUGGAGAGGUGUCAGGAACCAUGAACGACCAGGAUGACAUUAUAAAGUCCAUUUAUCAGAUGCUCGUCGAAAUAAAGGUCCCCGGACAUUUAAAGGUAGUAUGCUCUCAUCGAUUCUGGAUUCGAAAGUCAUACGAACUGUGCGUUGUAGUCGGAGUGAAAUUCUCGGACAUGAUGCCGGAUUUGAUAGAUCGCCACGACUUGAGCAAAUUUUGCCACAGGGAAGUGCUAGGGUAUGCUAUAAUGUUCGGAGAAGGAGGCCAAGACUUCAGACAGCUUGAAAAGCCAGAUGAAAAGGAAGAAUGGACCUUGUCGCUUGAGCAUCAUUACUCACACAACCCCCAUCAUCCGGAGUAUUUCUGUGAUCGGGACAAAGAGGGGAAGCGAGUAGGGUCCCGAAGAAUGAUAGAGGCGGAUCCGGACUAUGGAAAGGACUUCCUUGACGAAAGUAUCAUUGACAUGAUGGCGUCCCGUGGAGAACGCUUCCUAGCAAAGGAUCCGGUUUUUAACGUGAAAAAGCUGCUGGAAAUGCCUGAACGUUUUCUGUUUCGUUAUCACGAAGCGGACAGAGAAUACGUCAAGGAGACACUGCAGAAAUGGUCGUUUAUGGUUCGCGAUUUUCUGUCCAAGGAGGUAAAUAAAGGCCGCCUUAAUAAGCAUUUCGAUCAUCGAGAUGUCACAUAUUGCGAAGUUGAAAACGCAGCCUAAUUCUGUGUCAGCUUUAUCAGCAUUGCGUUUUCCUUUUUCCGCUUUGCGCAAUUUUAUUUUUAUAUCCGUAUCACAUAUUUAUUUACUUUAAAAUUGAUUUUAAUACGAUUUCUUUUUUUUACUAAAUGGAAAGGGUAUAGCAGCGUUUUUCUCCCAAUCGGAAAAAAUGUACCGGUGUCGCGCCCGUUGUGAAACAUUAGCGUGUAAACCUUUUAAUUAGGAAAAUUCACGUCUUGAAAUUUGAUGAUUGGGAAUUAUUGGUCUUUUUAAUUGCUUAAAUAUUCAUUUUCACGCCUUUUUGCUGAAAUGUUCAGUUUCAGUGCUCGUUUUAUUUAUUCUUUUUUUGUACUUGAAUAUAAUGCGUAUUGAUACAUCUUUCCUUCCUUUCGGGAAUCUUCGAACUGCAAUUGGGAAAUUUGUAUUUUUUCCUACAGUGGGAAAGUGCUUUUCACAUGUACUAUAUAAGAAACAAAAAAAAUCGCUGAAGAGUAUUACAGUUAAAAUCGUCGUUGCGACGAAAAUUGUCAUGAAGUUGUAUGAAUGUGAGAAGAGUGGUUAUAUGAUACAUUUGUGUGGAAUUAUUUUGCGCAUUUGUGUCAAUUGGACUAUAAGAGACAAUACUUUAUUUUCAUUUGGAUUUACAUUGGAGUGUAUUUUGCCCUCAGCAUGUGAGCACUUUUCAACCGUCAAGCAGUACAGUAACCAUUGUUUACACAAUAUUGGAAAAUAUGCAAUAGGCAAACCAAAUCCAGUCAUUUUUGCUUGACUGAAACAGUUAGGUAUUCUAAGGCAUCGAGGUACCCGAAGGGGAAGUGGAUUAGUUAGUAGACGUGUUUGGGACACCAAUCAAGGUGUGAAUAUCAUCAACCUACAAUAUUUGCCUGAACAAAUUUCAACUGUUAUAACUGUACAUAGCAAACAGUUUAGAAGUCGCCGAUCAGGAACUGUAACACACCAUAGUUACAACACACAAAGGAAGCAAUAUGGUGUUAAUGUAUCAAAUCUGAUAUAUCCAAAACGAUCAAACACACUCAGUAAUUUUACAGAGAAUGUUAUCUGUCUUACAUUAAACUGUCAUUCAGUAAUACAAAGGAUGUGCUAGUCGGGCAAUUGCUACGAGACGACAGCAUUGAUUUUGCGCCGUUGACGGAAA